AUAUUCUGUCACAACGGGAGGGAGAAAGGAUCAAUCCAAGAGUUCCGUUUUUACGUAUGUAACACAGUGGAGUUGUAUUGCAGUGUGGUGCAGAAUUCGACAGAGGUAUCGACUUGAUCAUGAUAUAUCGAUCAAUCGUGCGGUUAACGAGAAAACGAUUUUCGACAGGAAAACAAAAGUGCAGACAUGUCUUUCCGCGUGGUGCGCACCAGCAAGUUCCGCCACGUGUACGGAACUCCUCUGAAGCGCGAGCAAUGCUACGACAACAUCAGAGUUUCCAAGUCAUCGUGGGACUCGACAUUCUGCGCCGUGAAUCCCAAGUUUCUUGCUAUCAUCGUAGAAUCGGCGGGUGGUGGUGCCUUCAUCGUUUUGCCGCACAAUAAGGUAGGAAGAAUACCGGCAGACUAUCCUUUAGUAGGUGGACACAAAGGACCUGUAUUAGAUAUUGCAUGGUGUCCUCAUAAUGAUAAUGUUAUAGCUUCUGGUUCCGAAGAUUGUGUCGUCAAGGUAUGGCAGAUAUCAGAUGGAGGUAUCUCUAGGACAUUGACUGAAUCGAUAGUAGAUCUACAACUACAUCAACGUAGAGUCGGUCUAGUGCUAUGGCAUCCCUCUGCGUUAAAUGUGUUGCUCACAGCUGGCUCAGACAAUCUUGUUAUCAUUUGGAACGUUGGUACGGGAGAAGCUCUUGUACGCAUCGACUGCCAUCCAGAUGUGGUUUAUUCGGCAUGCUGGAAUUGGGAUGGAUCUCGAAUAGUCACUACAUGCAAAGAUAAAAAAAUUAGAAUUCUGGAUCCAAGAUCGGGUGAAAUAUUAGAAGAAGCUAUAGCGCACGAGGGAAGUAAAGCGACUCGUGCCAUCUUUCUUAGGGGUGGCUUAAUUUUUACAACGGGUUUUAGUAAGAUGUCAGAAAGACAAUAUUCAUUACGUGCUCCCGAUAUGUUGGGCGAGCCCAUAGUUAUGGUAGAAUUAGAUACAAGCAAUGGAGUUAUGUUCCCUCUAUAUGAUCCUGAUACAAAUUUAAUAUACUUGUGUGGGAAAGGUGAUUCUGUGAUUCGAUAUUUCGAAAUUACACCAGAACCACCAUUUGUUCAUUACAUCAAUACGUUUCAAACUCCUGAUCCUCAACGAGGUAUAGGAAUGAUGCCAAAACGGGGCUGUGACGUUAAUAGCUGUGAAAUAACCAGAUUCUAUCGAUUAAAUAAUUCAGGCUUUUGCCAAGUAGUGUCUAUGACUGUGCCGAGAAAGUCUGAGCUCUUCCAAGAAGAUUUAUAUCCCGAUACUCCCGGUGAUACCGCUGCGAUCUCGGCAGAAGAAUGGGAGGCAGGUACUGAUGCAGAGCCUGUGCUGAUAUCUCUCAGGGAUGGUUAUCAGCCAUCCGCUUCUAAGAACGAACUUAAAGUACAAAAGAAAUCUAAUAUAUUGAGCAAAGGCGCAAAAGUUGCAUCUAAUGCGCAAAAUGCUAUGCAGAUUUCACCAGGAGCUUGCGAGGAAUUAUUGAAAGAAUGCAGAGAAGAGAUAAGAAAGUUAAAAGCAGUGAUUGUAAAACACGAGGGAAGGAUACGAGUACUCGAAUCGGCGGUUGCUCUUCAAAUGAAGGAAGAAGAAAAAAAAGAAAAGUCGACUUCUCCUGAUGGCAAGGAAACGCUUGCUUCCGACGAGGUGUAAAAAUUCUGGAUUUCAUCGUCGACGAAAUCUCUGGCGUGACGUUAUCUUCUAAUGAGAAUAUUUUUUAUUAGAAUGACUAAUAUAUUGUCUAAGAAUGAUCAUAUAUUUUGAUAUAACAACUUGUGUAAAUAGUAGGUUUUAACGACGCCAUGUGCCCUUUGACUCUCUGCAAUGAUCUUUGCUAUUUAUUGUACAUCUAUUCAUCGUACAUUCUCUGCAUUUGCAUUAUGUUAUGUUUUAUUACACAGCGCGUGCCACACACACCACACACACACACACACACACA